AUGUCAACACGUAGUGAUAGAGACUGGAUGUACAAAAGGUUAGAUCAUGGGUAUCUUAGCACAACAUAUCAUGCAUCCGUCAAAGGAUUUCUGGAUGUUGUUUUUUCUAAUGAAGCAACCGUUGAUGGGGAUUAUAUUAGAUGUCCUUGUUCUAAAUGCAAGAACAUGUAUUAUAAAACAAGAGGUGAUGUAGAGCUUCACUUGUUACAAAACGGUUUCACUCCUAAUUACACAACUUGGUGGGCACAUGGUGAAAGAAAUAUGAUAUCUCAGCAUGAGGAAGAAUCUUCUAAUCCGAUGCAGGAUCCGAUGGAAGAUGAUGAUGAUGAUGAUAUUAAUGGGUGUACACAAAUAUUGAUGGAUGUAAUGGAGGAACUCCCGAAUCCAACUGCCAAGGGGUUCUAUGAUAUGUUGGAAGACGCUGAUGAACCUUUGUGGGAUGGAUGUGAAAAUUAUUCAAAAUUACAAGCUGCAACAGAGUUGUUGCAUUGGAAGUCAGCAUACAAUAUAUCUGAGGCUGCCUAUGAUCACAUACUUCCUAUAAUUAAGCGGAUGCUACCCAAAGGUGAGAAACUAGUUGUAAUUAAGUGUUUUGAGGCUUAUGAAAGUGCUAUGGUGGCUAAGUUUGGUGAUGAUACUAGUUGCCACCCCCUUUUGGAUAAUGAAACAUGGUGUGAUGUUUCCGGAGGAGUCAAGAAGGAAGAAUAUAUGGAUUCGGAUCUGUGUCUGAUCCAGCGAGCUUUUUGGAAGGAACAUCUAGUUGUCUAUGAACGUGUACGAAACGAGAUGCGUGGGGAAAUGGAUGCUAAAGCUACAGAAAUGGAAGCUAAACAUCAACAAAUGCGUGAGGAAAUGGAUGCCAAAGCUGCAGCAAUAGAUGCCAAACAACAACAAAUUGAUGCAAAAUAUGAAGCAAUGGAGAAGAUGAAUGAGAAUCGAAGAUGAUUGGAUGGACAUGAAAUGAAGAGAGCAGCUAAAAUGUUAUUUUGAAGUUAUGUUUUGUGAAAACUCAUUUCCCGAUGCAUACUUUGGAUUUCUUGGUGCUAAAAUGUUAUUUGAAGGUUAAACUUUUUUUUUGUUUGUACCUCUUUUGCUACUUUGGAUUUCUUGUGCUAAAAUGUUAUUUUGACGUUAAACCUUUGGGAGUUUGAUGUUAUAUGGA